AAACGACUUUCCUUCUUUUUUUGCGUUGUGCAACAUGCGAAGCAGCGGCGCGCAUGUACUUACAAUUGAACGAAUAGGAAACAGUUUUUCUUAGAACAGAUCUUUCUUACUUUAGAGGAGACUAUAUAAAGGCGUGGGGACAUGAGAGGUUCAACAUUCGAACUUCUUCGGUCCGCUGUGCACAAAACACCUAAAGGUUCACGUUUUUGCUAAAACUGUUAAGUAACCGCGCAAUUAAAUCCGACGACGAAAAGACAGGGGAGUAAUAAACAGCGUAAAAUGUCGAAUUUGGGCAUACAAGAUUUUUACGUCGGUCGGUCAAUUUUCAUUACCGGGGCAACUGGUUUUAUGGGAAAAGUUUUGGUUGAAAAACUCCUCAGGUCUUGCCCUGGGAUAAACCGUGUUUACUUAUUGAUUAGACCUAAAACUGACAAGGACGUCCGUUUCCGUCUUCAAGAAAUGAUCAAAUGCAAGUUGUUUGAAUGGCUAAGACAAAAUCAACCGGACGCCCUUACAAAAAUAAUUCCCAUAAGCGGCGAUGUUACUUUGCCAGAUCUCGGCAUUUCAUUUUCCGACAUGCAAGAACUAAUUGCGAAUGUCUCAGUCGUUUUUCACUCGGCAGCUCGUGUCAAAUUUGAUGACGAUCUGAGAAGCGCCAUCAACUCUAACGUCAAAGGACCGAAAAGAGUGGCCAUCUUCUGUCGGCAAUUAAAGGACCUAAAGGCAUUUGUGCACGUCUCUACCACGUACAACAACGUGGAAAAAGAUACGAUUGAGGAGGAAGUCUAUCCUACAUCGCUUGAUCCCCAAAAGCUGCUGGAUUUAAUCGACUGCAUGGAUGACAAGCUCCUAGCCAGCAUCACCAAUCAAUUGGUUGGAACAAGCCCGAAUGUUUACGCUUACACGAAAGCUCUGGGGGAACACCUUCUGCAAGAUUUGACGUUUGAAAGCGGUAAACAACGACUUCCUCUAGCGAUUGUUCGGCCUUCCAUGGUCACUGCUGCUGUACAGGAGCCCUUGCCUGGCUGGAUCGAUAAUUUCAAUGGACCUAGCGGCACCAUGGCUGGAACAAGCAAAGGACUUAUUCAAAUUGUACGAGUCGAUCCUGAACUUAUUGCCGAUAUUAUUCCUGUUGAUUUUCCAAUCAAUUUGAUGUUAGCGGCAGCAUGGGAUGAAGCAACAUGUACUAAAUCGUCCGAUCGGAUUCGGGUGUACAACUGCUCAUCUGGCUCUUUAAACCCCAUCAUUUGGCGAGAUUUCAGAAACUGGGGUUUGCGUGGUGUUCAUGAAUUUCCGUGUAAAGAAAUCAUGAGGUAUCCCAACAUUAAGCUCCAAACAAAUCGCCUCCUUUUCAACAUUGAAAUCAUCCUAUAUCACCAUGUGCCGGCUCUCUUUUUCGACACAAUCGCUCUGUUAUUUGGUAGAAAGCCUUUCGUAGCUCGGCUAUUCAAGAGAGCCCACAAGAUGAUGUCUUGUUUAGAAUUUUAUACGAUGCGCGAGUGGAAUUUCCCCAGCCAAAACCCUGUUCUGUUAAUGGACAAGAUGUCAGUUCAAGAAAAAAAUACUUUCAACUUUGACGUACGAAAAAUCGACUGGGAGACAUACAUGACUACUUUCGCGGUUGGAGUUCGUGAAUAUCUUUUCAAAGACGACUUAAGUUCCCUACCUGCUGCCAGAAAGAAUUUGAACAAGAUGAAACUGUUAAGGAUGGUGGUUCAUUUUGUCAUCUUGGGACUGAUGCUAUUAUUCCUCUACGCCCUCUGGACCAAAUUCACGACGGAGACUUCGUCGAUAGUUUCGUUUUUAUUCCAAAACACAAAUAACUCGUCUACCGUUCAGGAUAUUUUAGAAAAUGAACAAUUUUUCGGAGUAAAAUCAGCACAUAUUCUUCCUCUAAAAUCAGAGCUAGAAUUGUAAGUGGAACAGCGGUUAUUACUAACAUACGGGCUAGCCGGCUAGCUUAUACAAAAGUUAAACAUAUACAGCUUCAUUUAUAUAAUAAUAUAUAGAUAGCCUUUGGAGUUUGGACUUACUUCUUUAUCGUUAAAAAAUUGUUAUUUUGGUCGUACAAUAAAUAAUAGAAGUUGAAAUUUUCAAACAUGUGCUGUCAAACCAUCCAAGCUUCUUGGCGAAAAAUAAUCGUGUGCUUUACACUGGGAAGAAGUGGAGUUUACUACAGUAUGGGACAAAUUAUGCACAUUUUAACAGCUAAAUGUUUAUGCUUGCAAAACAAAAGCUCUCGAUGAGCACCUCUUGCAAAAGAUGAAUCUGAGUGCAACAGUGAAUGGCGAUUUUCUCUUGUGAUUGUUCGUCGUCAAGCGUAGAAAAAUGAAAAUCAAUGCCCUUAUAACUUAUUGUCAACUUCGAAUCGCAUUGUAUAUCAAGAUUUUUGUCUUCCGCGAGGUCUUCCGUUCCACGGUUCCACGGAUUAAAUCCCGUAAGCUUGCCCAUUCUCCAUUUCGGUAUGUGCGGGUCUACUCAAACCGUUACUACUUUCGGUUCUUGCUAUAUGUGGCUUUAUGUGCAAGUCAAAAGUUUAAAUCUCGCGGGUUCAAAUUAGCGCAUUUUGUAGUAGCAACAUGCCAGUAGCUCCUAUAGAUAUGGGCAGCACGGAGGCGCUUUGACCCGGAAUUCACAAGCACCACUGCAGUUCACUCGUAAAAGAAGGAAAAAAUCUGAACACUGUAAUUUUAUCCAACUUUCUUCUUUACAGUUAGUGCAUAAAGGCUUCAAGCAUAUACUGCCCUAUGAUGCUUGCAGUAUACAAGAUACUUGGUCGUACACGGAUUUAUCG